UGUGCUGGGGGCACCUUAGCUGGGCUGGGGAGGCUGCCACAGAAAGGGAGGCCAAGAGAGCUGGGGAGGGGUCAGGAGACCUGAGGGAACAGAGCGAAUCAGGGAGAAGAGGCAGCAGGCCUGAAGGCAAGCAGGUGACAAGACAUGAAGCCAGGGCUGUGUAGCAGGGCUUACCUUCUGGUUGGCGGGCUUUGGACCGCCAUCAGCAAGGCGCUUUUUGCUGAGUUCCUGGCCACGGGGCUGUAUGUUUUCUUUGGUGUGGGCUCCGUCCUGCCCUGGCCUGUGGCCCUUCCUUCUGUGCUCCAGAUAGCCAUCACUUUCAAUCUGGCCACAGCCACAGCCGUGCAGAUCUCCUGGAAGACCAGCGGGGCCCACGCCAACCCUGCUGUGACCCUGGCCUACCUCGUGGGAUCCCAUAUCUCUCUGCCUCGGGCUAUGGCUUAUGUCGCUGCUCAGCUGGCUGGGGCCACAGCUGGUGCUGCUCUUCUUUACGGGGUAACUCCAGGAGGUGUCCGAGAGACCCUUGGGGUCAACGUGGUCCACAACAGCACAUCCACUGGCCAGGCGGUGGCCGUGGAGCUGGUUCUGACGCUGCAGCUGGUGCUCUGUGUCUUUGCUUCCAUGGAUGGCCGGCAGACCUUGGCGUCCCCAGCUGCCAUGAUUGGGACCUCUGUGGCACUGGGCCACCUCAUCGGGAUCUACUUCACUGGCUGUUCUAUGAACCCAGCUCGUUCCUUCGGCCCUGCUGUCAUUGUUGGGAAGUUUGCAGUCCACUGGAUCUUCUGGGUAGGACCGCUCACAGGGGCUGUCCUAGCUUCGCUGAUCUACAACUUUAUCUUGUUCCCGGACACCAAGACCGUAGCCCAGCGAUUGGCCAUCCUCGUGGGCACCACAAAGGUGGAGAAAGUGGUAGACCUGGAGCCCCAGAAGAAAGAAUCACAGACAAACUCUGAGGACACAGAAGUGAGCGUGUGACAGCCUCUGGCCCCUUGGGCCUCCUGGGCAGGCUGCAGGUGGGCAGCGCACCUUGGGUUUGAAGGUGGCCCCUGGUGUGUGGGCGAUCAGGAGGUUUAGCCAUGUGUUCUAACAGUAGGAACCGAUCUUUGUCCCUAACCAAACAGCUGUUUCUUUUCCACUUUUCCUCUCUUGACAUACAUUGUGCAGGCUGACCUCCCAUUCACGAUGCCCUCCGACCCCUCCACCCCCAUCCGCUUGGCUUGUGAAGUAAUUGGGACGUAGGUGCAGCGCCAUGACUAGCUUCUACAUUCAUAGACAGAGAAUCCGGAGGAAAAGCCAUCCCAUUAACUUUCCAACUUGCCUUCCCUGUCGUCUUCUUUCUUUCAGUGUUGGAAUUCUCCAUGUGACAAGGCUGGCCCGGUCAUUUUCAUUCACACUUUGCCUUUGCUGAUCCCCCUCCCUGGCCCCCCUCCCAAUACCUCCUGGCCACUUCCUGCUGGUCCUCACCUUACCCUCCCAAGGUCCUCCACUUCUGCUGUAAUGUUGCUUUCAUGUUAGGUGUUUUCUGUUGCCCUCUUCCCCCAGCCUCCCCAGUCUCCCCUGUCCAGUCCUCUGCCUAGUCCUCCAGUCUACCCCAGUUCCCCCCACCUAGUCCUCCAGUCUACCCCAGUUCCCCCCACCUAGUC